AUGCUUCAUGAGCUCAUUUUCGUUCUCUCGGGUUUUCCAAGCGACGUCUUUAUACCAUUCCCCUCCGAUGACCCUUGCACGUUUUCAAUCAACCCUGAUUUCCCAUUGUUGCACCCUGCCGAACGCGAAUCGUUGAAUCGACUUGGCCAACUGGGUUGGAUCUAUGCAAAGCUGAAUACGUUUUCUGUCAAACAAGGCGCGUAUGCACAAGCGAUGGCGACAGCACUUGAAGCGACAUUGGAAGAAUACCGACGUGAUAUCUUGGAUAUGGAACGACUUUUACUCGACAAAACCUAUGAUGCAGGUGGAGGUGUGGUGCCUAUUUCCCUCUUAGCAUCCUCCUUGGGCCGAUGGGAGCUAUUAUUACCAGCAUUGCUUGAAUUCACCAAAAAGUUUGACGCAUGCGAGUAUUAUGGAUGCAAACUUCUUGACCUUGUAUUGGACGAGGCACGUACAGGCAACAGUGAUUAUCGUGAUGUGAUGCACAAGGUGGCUGAUCGAUUACAUGAUGUUCUCUAUCGACAAAUUACCUCUUGGAUGGUGUAUGGGAAUUGGACCAAUGACGAGUUUUUUAUUACAAAAAGCACCACCACCGGCAACAAUGGUACAACAACAACAGCAACAGCAGGUUGGCAACGUCGCUAUGGAUUAGCAUUGGAGCAAAUUCCCAAGCAUAUCCCGCUUGCAUUGGCUGAGUCUGUGCUUUUUGUUGGGAAGGCCGUUGCCACUGUCAACCAAAUGGGUAACAACCCCAUGCCUGAUACCAUGAAACAACAGCAUUUGCAACUCUUAUUAUCAUUACGUCAACAACAACAAUCGCUGCGACAAUACGAUCCAUUGAAACAAGUGGUGCAACAAAUACGACGAUCUACGGCGGAUUGGUUAUUUUCACGCGUCUUGACAGGCGAGCAUAGCUUGCAAUGUUAUUUGGAAUCAUUUCGGCACAUGUUUCUUCUUGGUUAUGGUGAUCUUGCAAGCAACUUUAUCAUUGCAUGUGCAGAAUGGCGUAGACGAUCACUCGCUAAAUACCCGCAUGAUCAACAUCACAAGACAACCAUGAUCUUUCGACAUCAGGAGUUCAAUGCCUUGCUGGCCAAGGCCUCUGUGGGCACCGAAGCCGAGGAACAAAUGGAUGGCUAUUGUGUGGAGAUUAUGCAAAACAAUGAAUCCACAUCAUCGUCCUUGUUUAGCCGACUUUUACUGGUGGAUCUCAGCUGUACAUUACAUUAUGAUAUGCGAUGGCCCAUUGAUUUAUUUCUCAGCAAAGAGGACUUGCAGUGCUAUAGCGAUCUUUGGACAUUCAUGACUGGAUUGAGGAACGUACAAAUGUCAUUAUCGGAUCUUUGGAUAUCAUUGAGGCAUGGGCCUUCGAAUCAUGAAGCAAGGGCGGUUUGUCGAUUACGUUCUUAUAUGCUCUUUUGGGUGGAUACGUUAUGGAAUCAUAUUCAGUCCAAUGUCAUCACUCCACACUAUCAGCGACUCAUUCAAGUCAUUACGGGUGCUAAACGAUCUUCUUACACCACCACCACCGCUACCCCUGCUUUUGAAGAUCUUCAAGCUGCUCAUACCCAAUACCUACGCAACAUUAUGCAAGGAUGUCUCAUCUUGACCAAGGAUACUGCCCAGAUCAUGUAUAAAGCAUUGAGGAUGUGUCAAAAGUUCUGUGCCUUUGUGCAAGAAUUAUGUCAUCAAGAGGACUGGCAACGCACCAAACGACGUCGAACGGAGCGAACAGCAUCCGAUAUUGUCAAUGAAUGGGCAAAGCCGUAUGAAAGUAUUGAGAAUGCACACAUGGAACAGAUCAUGAAGACUGAAAAGGAAUUUUCAUAUAUCACGGAUCGUUUCUUUACUCUGGUAUCGGACGCACCUCAAGAAAUCAAAGCCAAUGGGAGCCUGGAUAUUCUACUGCUACAAUUAGAUUACAACAAAUGGUUUUCGGACAAUCGGAUAAAGUCGUUAUAA